AUGGCCCUGCUGCUCCUGGCACUGCUGGCACUGCUGACGCUCUGGGGGCUGCUCUGCGCCCGCACCCCAGCCUCCCGAUGGCCCCCGGGGCCGCGCCCCCUGCCCCUCAUCGGGAACCUGCACUUGCUGUGGGCGGCACAGCAGGACCAGGCGCUGAUGCAGCUCGCCAAACAGUACGGGCCAGUGUUCACUGUGCACCUUGGGCACCAGAAGACGGUGGUGCUGACCGGCUACGAGGCGGUGAAGAAGGCCCUGGUGGGCGCCGGGCAGGAGCUGGCUGGCCGGCCCCCAAUUGCCAUCUUCCAGCUCAUCAACGGGGGCGGGGGCGUCUUCUUCUCCUCAGGUCCACGCUGGCGGGCCGCCCGCCAGCUCACCGUGCGCACCCUCCAUGGCCUGGGCGUGGGGAGGGCGCCCGUGGCCAACAAGGUCUUGCAGGAGCUGAGGUGCAUCAUGGCGCAGCUGGACAGCUACGGAGGCCAGCCCUUCCCGCUGGCCCUACUCCGCUGGGCUCCCUCCAACAUCACCUUCGCGCUCCUCUUCGGCCAGCGGUUCGACUACCGGGAUCCUGUGUUCGUGUCCCUGCUGGGCCUCGUUGACGAGGUCAUGGUCCUCCUGGGGAAGCCAAGUGUGCAGCUCUUCAACCUCUACCCGCGGCUCGGGGCCCUUCUCCAGCUGCACCGGCCGGUUCUGCGCAAGAUCGAGGAGGUGCGGGCCAUCCUGAGGGCCCUCCUGGAGGCGCGGAGGCGCCGCACACCCCCGCGAGGGCCCGAGCGGAGCUACCUGGACGCCCUGAUCCAGCAGGGUCAGGGGAAAGACCCCGAGGGCCUGUUUACUGAGGCCAACGUGGUGGCCUGUGUCCUGGACAUGGUCAUGGCCGGGACGGAGACCACCGCCGCCACGCUGCAGUGGGCCGCCCUUCUGAUGGGCAAGCACCAGCGCGUGCAGAGCCUUAUACACGAGGAGCUGGACCGCGUGCUGGGGCCAGCCCGGCUCCCGCGGCCCGAGGACGUGCACGCCCUACCUUACACCAACGCCGUGCUCCACGAAGUGCAGCGCUUCAUCACGCUGCUGCCCCACGCGCCGCGGUGCACGGUCGCUGACACCCAGCUGGGCCCCUACCUGCUCCCCAAGGGCACACCCGUGCUGGCCCUGCUGAACUCCGUGCUCCUGGACGAGACGCAGUGGGAGACGCCCCGCCAGUUCAACCCCGGCCACUUCCUGGACGUCGACGGGCGCUUCGUCAAGCGGCCGGCCUUCCUGCCUUUCUCCGCAGGCCGCCGCGUCUGCGUGGGGGAGAGCCUGGCCAGGUCGGAGCUAUUCCUGCUGUUUGCGGGCCUCCUGCAGAGGUACCGCCUGCUGCCCCCGCCGGGCCUCAGCGCCGCGGCCCUGGACACCACACCCGCCCCUGCCUUCACCGCGCGGCCGUCUGCCCAGGUGCUGUGCGCAGUGCCCAGACCCUGGAGUGUUGCUGAUGCCUCUGUGUACACCGGGGCCCCUGCCCGUCCUCCGGGGUCCCCCCAGCAGGUGCCGCACCCCCACAUUCCCACAGGGCCCUCAGGCUUCCUGCUGUCCCUGUUCCCACGUUCCCCUCCCCACUGGCCCUCAUCCGGUUCCCCAGCAGGGCCCGCGUCACCAGCCAACACGUGCCAGGCACAGGGGUGUCACCCACCUGAACUUGGGGUGCAGGGAGAUAGCCGGGGCUGCUGGGCCCCAAGGCGACAUCCACCCAGAGGCCAACCUCGGACCAGCAUUCCCGGCUUGCUCUGCAUUGUGCCAGGCCCUGGGCCCGCAGGGUCCCCUGCAGACCCCACCCUGUUCCUACGGCUCCUGGGUGCCCUGUGGGCGGUGGGCCAGUUGAAGGAGAACGGCUGCCCAGAGCGGGUCAGCCAGGCUGGGGUGAGGCGGGUCGUAGGAGUCUGCAGGGAGGCCUCCUCCAAGCUCUUGCCCCACAAUCUCCCAGACCCUCCCCACGAGCCAGCUCCUGGUCCCUCGGUGGAGGCCACGCACCUCGGGGCAGCUGGCGGUGGGUGGGGAGCGGGCCAGGACGUGUAG